CGAAAUGACAAGUCUCGAAGUGACCGAGUUACAAAAUUGUACAAUUCAGAUUCUCAAUAAAUUUUCUGAUUUUCAAAGAAUUAAAUUUGAAAUUCAAGAUAACUUUAUUAAAAAGAAAAUUAGCCAAAUUUCUAAACAAAAUGAGGAAUUUCGAAAUGCCAUUUAUAAAUCUGUAACUCAUACUUGCAGCAUACGCUUUAAUACCGAAGAUUUGAUUGACCUUAUUGAAUGCUGUGAAGAUGAUGAUAUUGAUAAUUACGAUCUAUUGGAAUUAUUAAGAUCAUUAUUAAGUGGUUUUAGGAAAGAUAAAGAAAAUGUUCUAUUAUUAACGAAACAACUUAAAAAAGUUAAAGAAGAUUUAACUAAGAUUAAUAAUGAAAUUUUCAAAUAUGAAGCUGAGAAGGCAAAGCAAAUAAAAGAUAGUGCAACAAAUUUAGCGAAUGGUGGCCUAGCGGUAGUCAGAAUUGGAACCUUGGCUGUGAUUGCUAAAAUUGCUGCAGUUCCAUUUACAAGUGGAGCAUCGUUAGCUGUGUCAGCUGCUGCUAUUGAGUUCGAUGCGGUUGCCUUAGAUGUUGGCGCGAUGGCAUACGUUGGAAGUUCGGCUGUUGCUGAUGCUUUAUCAAUUACCGAUACUUAUCUAGAUUACAAACUAGAAAGUGUUAGAGAAGUGCUCUCGCAAGUUCUACGAGAGCUUCAAAACGGUAUUGAAAAUAUUAUUCUUGGAAACACCUCUCAUUUUGAGAACGGUUGGGAAGGACAAAUGAUUGAAAUCGAAUAUUUUAUUAACAAGUUGAUUUCUCAAUAUGGAAAAGAACGGUUAACAAAACCAUUCGUUAAGCGUAUGGCUCCUAAGGCAGAAAAAACUCGCAAAGAUCUUAAAAAGUACAUUGAAGUUAUGCAACAAACGUUGAGGCCAAAUUCUCGGAGAGAAAUCUAUAGUUUAUCUUGA